CUUUUUCUUGCAUGGAGUGAACUUCCGGGUCAUAGAGUUUUCGCAAUUCGGGACGUGCAAAAAUGAAGCAGGAAGAUCACUUGACAUGCUGAAAUAAACGUUCAACUACGGCCUAUUUUGCCAUUAUUUAAAUUCAAAUUAUAUAAUUUUUGAAAGAGGAAAGAUGUAUCAACCACCUGCCUUUCCGCCCAAUUUCCCAUAUGGGAUGCCCCAGUAUCCGCCAAACCAACCUGGGGUCCCAGGGCAGUUCCCACUAGGUCCUCCCGGGGGCCCGCCCGGAGGUCCUCCAGGUGGGGGCCCUCCCGGCGGUCCACCCAGUGGUCCACCCGGUGGCCCUCCUGGCGGCCCUCCUGGUGGUCCACCAGGUGGUGCUCCCUUCACCCCUCCACCAGGCCAGCAGCCUCCACCACCUCAGCAGCCAGGACAGCCUCCGGGUACCCCUCCUCAGUCCACAGACCUAGUAGCCAUGCCCAGGAGACCUGGCUUUGGUCAGGAUGGUCGUCCCAUUGCCCUUCGUGCAAACCACUUCCAGGUGAAGAUCCCGCCCCUGGAUCUCUUCCACUAUGAAGUUAAUAUCACUCCAGAGAAAUGUCCGAGGAGAAUCAACAGAGAUGUGAUAGACACACUUGUAACAGCCUUCAAGGGGAGAUACUUUCAGAACAACCUGCCUGUGUUUGAUGGCAGGAAAAACAUGUACUGUAAGGAACAGAUUCCUCUGGAUCGAGAAAAGCAGCAGGUGGAACUUGAAGUGACCUUACCAGGAGAGGGAAAAGACAGGAUAUUCAAAGCUUCCAUUAAGUUUGAAGGCAAAGUGAGUUUGGCCCUGCUAGAGUCUGCCUUGAAAGGAGAAGUAGUCAAUAUACCACACGAUGCUGUGCAAGCUCUGGAUGUUAUCAUGAGACAUUUACCUUCUCUAAGGUACACCCCUGUUGGUCGAUCCUUCUUCUCUCCUCCUGAUGAGUACUCGCAUCCUUUAGGUGGCGGUAGAGAAGUGUGGUUUGGUUUCCAUCAGAGUAUCCGCCCAUCCAUGUGGAAAAUGAUGCUCAAUAUAGAUGUCUCUGCAACGGCCUUUUACAGCUGUCAGUCAGUGAUUGACUUCCUAUGUGAGGUCUUAGACAUCCAGGAUUUAUCGGAUCAACGUCGCCCUCUAUCAGACUCACAUAGAGUCAAGUUCACCAAAGAGAUUAAAGGGUUGAAGAUUGAGAUCACUCAUUGUGGAAACAUGAAAAGGAAAUACAGAGUGUGCAAUGUUACCAAGAGAUCUGCACAGACACAAACGUUUCCAUGGCAACUUGAGAAUGGUCAAACGGUGGAAUGCACAGUAGCAAAAUACUUCAGAGAAAGGCACAAUCUCAUCUUGCAAUACCCUCAUCUCCCCUGUCUGCAGGUUGGACAGGAGCAGCGUCACACCUACCUACCUCUAGAGGUUUGCAAUAUUGUAGCUGGGCAACGCUGUAUCAAGAAACUCACUGACCUGCAGACGUCAACCAUGAUCAAGGCUACUGCCAGAUCAGCUCCAGAUAGAGAAAAAGAAAUCAAGAGUCUGGUGCAUAAAGCCAACUUCAACAAUGACCAGUAUGUGAGACAGUUUGGACUAAGUAUAAGUAAUGAGAUGGUGACCAUAGAGGGCAGAGUCCUACCUGCUCCAAAGAUCCAAUAUGGCGGAAAGCUGAACAAGCCACAACAAGCUGUCCCUAACCAGGGUGUGUGGGACAUGAGAGGCAAACAGUUCCACUAUGGUGUUGAGAUUGAAGUCUGGGCCAUCGCUUGCUUUGCACCCCAGCACCAGUGCAGGGAAGAAGCUCUCAGGAAUUUCACACUUCAGCUCCAGAAGAUCUCCAACGAUGCUGGCAUGCCUAUCAAGUUUCAGCCAUGCUUCUGCAAGUAUGCUGUUGGAGCCGAUCAGGUGGAACCCAUGUUCAGACAUCUCAAGAAGAUGUGGCCCAAACUCCAGCUCAUCAUCGUCGUACUACCGGGGAAGACACCCGUCUACGCUGAAGUGAAGAGAGUCGGUGACACUCUGUUGGGUAUAGCAACGCAGUGUGUACAAGUCAAGAAUGUGAACAGAACCACAGCACAAACCCUCUCCAAUCUCUGUCUCAAGAUCAACGUCAAACUGGGUGGAGUCAACAAUAUCUUGGCUCCUAACAUAAGACCCCGCAUAUUUAGCGAGCCUGUCAUCUUUUGCGGAGCUGAUGUUACGCAUCCCCCAGCCGGUGACGAUAAGAAACCUUCGAUCGCGGCUGUUGUAGGUAGUAUGGAUGGCCAUCCUAGCCGGUACUGCGCAAGCGUCCGGAUUCAGACCCACCGUGUGGAGAUCAUCCAGGAUUUAAUGACCAUGGUCAAGGAACUUCUCGUUGAGUUCUAUAGGUCAACAGGAUACAAGCCAGCAAGGAUCAUCAUGUACAGAGAUGGAGUCAGUGAAGGCCAAUUCUUACAGGUUCUUGCCAAUGAGAUGAAUGCGAUCAGGGAUGCCUGUAGGUCACUGGAAGAAGGUUAUGAGCCUGGUAUCACGUUCAUUGUGGUUCAGAAGAGACAUCAUACCAGGCUCUUCUGUGCAGAGAGAAGAGAACAGAUUGGAAGGAGUGGUAAUAUUCCAGCAGGUACUACCGUUGACAGUGGCAUCACCCAUCCUCUAGAAUAUGAUUUCUACCUGUGCAGUCAUGCAGGUAUUCAGGGUACAAGUCGUCCUUCCCACUACCACGUCCUCUGGGACGACAAUGGGUUCAAGGCGGACGAACUCCAAUGUCUAACCUACCAGCUGUGCCACACCUAUGUACGCUGCACCCGUAGUGUGUCCAUCCCCGCCCCUGCCUACUACGCCCACCUGGUGGCCUUCCGUGCCCGAUACCAUCUGGUAGAGAAGGAUCACGACAGAUACGACCAUGACAGUGUCAUAUCCAGUGCAAACAGCAAUGGGGGAGACGGCAGCCACCACGGCCGUGAUGGUUUCGGACGCACCCCAAAGGAGAUGUCUGCUGCCAUCAAGGUUCAUCACGACACGCUCAAGGUCAUGUACUUUGCCUAGGUGUCAGAGGUCAUCCAGGAGUAAAAAGAGAGAGAUAAAGAGAAAAAAAGAGAAAAUCCAAAGUUAAAGAAACCUGUAAAUUACCCUAAGGAUAGAGCAACAUGAGUGAUGCUGGAGACUAAACAUGACGGCUGACAACAACUGCUGUGAUAGUAAGAUUGCCAGCCUGUCAUUCAGUGCAACUAAUCGAGAAGAAAGAGAGAAAGUACUUGGUUUUUCUUUUUUUCGUAACAAGCCUAGGAUUUGCAGGUGUCUACCUAUAAAGAGGUAAUAAGGGAUUUACUCUCGAUUGGUGUUAAACAAGUAGUAAAUGGACAGAUAAGUUGCCAGAUCAAUGAUUUGAUUCCUUUGUACUCUAAGGGAGGAUCAGGUGAAGAAGACACAUGUGCGAUUGUUUUGUUUCUCAUUUACCCAGCUUUAUUGGAUUGCCUUUCUCCUUUCGAAGAUGAGUCGCAUUCAUUACCAUAAAUGGAUAGAUUUCAUCCUCCCAGUCAUUUUCAUGAUGCAUUUAAUGAUUAUUCAACCGAUGUCUAUUUACUCCCUAUUAACUCUUCCCCACUUCUCUCUUUGACCUUUGACCUUUGAAGUUGGUUCACUCCUGUGACACCCUCCCCCCCUGAAUACACUGUGAAAGAUUAAAAUCUUCUAGCAGGGGCUGGUUUCACAAACAGAAAUGCAAGUUUGCGGACAUCCCAUGUACCAAUUUUAUAACAAUCAUUUCUCUGUGUUCGAGAAGCCAGAAUUAUGAUGGUUUUGAGAUACAAUGCCCCUAACAUGACAUGACUUGUCGAAAUGGAGAAAGUUAUGUAUUACUUGACACACGUUUGUUCAAAUUUAAACCAAAUAUUUACAAACUGGGCUCACUGCAGGUUUGAAUUUCUCUUUUGGUUGUAUUGAGAUUAAGUAAUACAAUAAAUUCAAACUAUGCCAAGGUAGAAAAAACUCCUGAUUUAGUCAAACACUUGCUCAUUUUGGGGGCUGGUUACAUGUAUAUUCAUAUAAAUCUAAUCAGCCAAUUUGAAUCAUUUUAUAGAUUUGAAGUUGUUCAUACAUGUUGCAGGGAGGAAUCAUCUUCAAGGUAGAAGUAGCCCUUAGAAAACUGUGAGCUUCAUACAAAGUAUCUUGUAAAAUAUCUAUGAUGUCCAAAAUGUGUGUUCAAUACGGUUUUGAACACUGACCAAAACCAGAUUGAUGAAUUCUCCAUGAAAUUUCCAUGAAUGGGAUUUGAUAUGAUCUCAAGUAUUGUAUAGUGUGUGAUGAUUAUAUACCCAAGUCAGUCACUGAAUGCUUUCAUUUCCUAAUAAGCACAAACUAUUGUAAUAAAUAACAAACUUAUGAUCUUCCAAUGAAAUUCUAUGAGUAGAGACAUUGAUUAUAAUUUUAGACAAAAUGACAAAUAAAUCAUUGAUUAGCUUUCAUUCAUUCGGUGGCCUUAGCAGCUGAAACAGAUAGAAUCGAUGAACUUCUUGGGCCCGUUUUCACACAGACUUGUUAUAAGAACAAAUGCACAAUUUCUAUAACAAGUUUGCUAUCAGCCAAUCGUAUCCAAUGAUUGCAGUAGCCUUAAACUUUUAUUGCAAAUUUGUUAUUGCAACAUGUUUUAUGAAACGGGUCCCUAAUCUAAACGUAAGAUAUAAUUGAAGCACUUCUGAUCUAAACAUUAUUCUUAUCUGACUAAGGCUCGAUACUCUUGUAUAUAAACAUGUUUACCCUCAAAGUCACAUAUUUUUUAAACAACUAUUAUUAUUUUUAUGUUUAGGUAAGUAAUUGUGUCAUUUUAAUUGUGAAACUUGUGUUUUUAUGUUGGAAUGGUACUAGUGCAGAGGUUUUAUCUUAUUAGGUAUAUUUGUCUCUUGGUUGUAAUCAUUGGUCAGAGUAGCAUAUUUAAUAAGAUAUGAUUAUGGAUUGUAGUGCCAGGUACUUGAAUUGAAAAUGUUUUGAUAAAUGGUAUGUGUAUUCCAGUCAUAGAAGUAAUAUGCAUAAAUCUAUUUGAACAAGAAGGAUCACAUUGUUUUCUAGGAUGGUUCAUGCAAAGAAUCAGACCAAUUUUGAUCAAUAUUACUUUUUGUUAUUAAGGAUAAGACUACAUUUUUGCAGUAUAAUCUUCUGCAAUGUUAGCAAUCAUCAAUCUUGAUAAUACUUUUUCAAUAUUGGAUCAAUUUCAUUUUGUAAAAAAUGUAUUUAUCAUGUUUAUAUCUAGGUAAUGGCACAAAUAUUUGUUCAAUCACACAAAAAUGGAACUUGCCAAGCUCAAAUUACUCUAGCUCUCCUUUUUUUUACUUUAAUGUUAUUGAAAAACCCCACUCUAUAGUUCAUGCAUUGCUUUUAGCAACAUAGAACAUGUCUGGCUUAUUAAUUUCAUUGCCUUCAAAUGUACAACAUGGUAGAGUUAUUGAAUAGUUUGUCACAUGCAUGUAUUUCUCUAUUCAUACUGCAACAAUAUGAGGAAAAAAGAACAAAAGCAAGUGUAUGUGGACUGCCAUGACAUUGCGUUUAAAAAUGGCUGUCUACAUGCCGGCCACUAUAUACAGUAUUGUAUUGUACAUGUAUGGUUGUGUACAUUAAGUCCUAUAUCAGCAUUUGUUCAAUCUUAUCCUUUCCAAUUGUAUAGUGCUCAAACUUUUCUUCAAGUUUCUUUUUUCUAUAUGUUGGGUAUAAAGACUAUCCUAUAAUAAUCCAAUAUUAACCAUCUCUGUUCCAUUUUCCCUUUACCGUUGGAUAUUUGAUUGUUGUCAUGGAUAGAUUGACAAGGAAUGUAGUUUAUUUAGUGCAAAAUAUAGUGACGUGUGUGACCUUUUUUUUUUCUCCUUCUUUUCUAUGCUUUAUGUUACCUUAGCUGCUGAGCAUUCAAAUGGUACUGACCUAAGUAUGCUUAUAAUCUGAAGCCAUGAUAACCCAAAGCAUUAUUCUUAUUCAGUUCAAUGCUACGGUCACAAAUACAGUACAGCCGAUUUUUAUUCAUAGCAAUAAAUGGUAUGAAUUUGUUUGUACGAUGUUCGUAAAGGUAUUUGUGACCGUAGCGAUAAUGAACAUAGAUUACCAGAUGAUGAUGAAAAAUGUAAAAUUGAUUUGAGUGGGAGUUUGCCUUUCAGCUUAGUAAUUACUAAAACAAGUGUAACUGCUGAAUUUUGCUAAAAAUCUUGUUUACGUUUUAUUAGCUUCAUCUUGAAUUAAAAUUCAUUUCUGGGGCCCAUUUCAUAAAGAGUUACAAAUUUUGUUACGGUACUAUGUAAUUAUGACAGCUACCAUGGAAACCUUGUUUGUGAUUGGCUGCUGAACCCUGUUACCAUGGUAGCUACCAUAAGGGUACAGUUACAAUGGUUAUAAUUCCUUUAUGAAAAGGGCCCCAGAUGAACUUACUCCACCUGUGGAAUGCAAAGUGUUCCGCUCCCCAUCUUUACAAUCCAUUGAUUUUGUAUCACAAUGUUUUUUUAUACAAAAUAAUCCAUAUAUGAAUUCCAAGUAGAAUCGGCCUAUCUUUUAUCUGAUUGUUACAUGAUAAAAAUUGUGAAUAAAGAGAGUGAUAGUACUCUACAAAUCCUUGUAUUUAUAGUCUAAGCCACCUUAAAGGUAUUAACAUUCUUAUUGUUUAAUCAACUUCAUAGUUAUGUAUGCCAUCAAAGCAAUUUGCCAUUUGUAUCUCACAGCUUGUAUCAAAUGGUUGAAACCAAAUUACAUAUCAUUUAUGCAAUACAUGCUCAUUCUUUUUUUCUGUUCUAACAAGAACUUUAUUCAAUAUUUGUAACUUUGGCAAAUUCAGCUUUAUAUAUAUGUCACUCCUACUAGUGCACCUGUGUACAUAUACUAGGGCAAGAAUGAUACUAUUUAAUCAUAACUGGCUGCUCUUUUCUACUCACAAUAACUAAGGGCACAAAGUUCAAGUUGCCAUAGAGAUAUUAAUUUAUGCAUUUUUUUUUUUGAAAAAGCAAUAUUCAAUACCUUGAUUUUCAGCUAUAUACUUAAAAAACACAUUUUAAGCGUAGAUAUUCAUGUUUUCCUUUCUUUUGGUUUGGUUAGGUAGAGUGCAUUCACUGCUGUAAUAAAGUUGCAAGCAUGUUAUCAUUUAGAUUAACAAUUCACAAUGAGAUUCCUGGUGUUGGAAAGCUUUGAUCUAAUUCUUCCUUUCUUUGUUUAGAUGUCUAGUGUACAUGUUAAUUCAAAUCUGUAAUUAUGAGCAGUACAUAACACAGAAUAUUUUAUACCAUUUUUUGUGUGUUUGAAAUUUUGUGAGGUAUACUGAAAUAUAUGUCAGACAUCACAAGUGAAGUUAGAAAUGAAUAACCUACAUCUGUUUUUCAGAUAUUAACCGGGUGUUUGAAGAUCACAGGUAGCUACAUGAAACUGCACAAAAAAAAAGAAUUGUACAAUUUGUAAUUUACGCUGUUUUUUUGAUAUGUAAAUGGUAAACUCACUUUCAUGCUGUUGUAUAUAGUCUUAUUUUCUAAUGAAAUAAACACGGGAAGUAAAUCAUGUUGAAGUGGAA